UUCUACCGCAUUCGGUUCAUGUUCAAGUCGCACAUGAUGGUCAAGUCGCUCUCCGAACUCCGCUAUGCCUGUCUCUUCUGCACACAGACCGGCCACACCGUCCGCGAAGGCGACGCCACCGUCUUCCUGUCCCAGGAGCAGCUCCUCCGCCAUCUCUCCCGCCACCCGCAGCCUCUCCCCGAAGUUCCCGGCGUCACCGUCCUCUACGGCAAGGCAGGCCACGGCCACGGCCACAGCCUCGAGGAGGACUACGACCUGCACUUCCCGGACCCGCCGGCCCCGACCCCCAUGCCGGAAACGUCCUUCAGCACCCUGCCCACCGCCACGGCCGUGAGGUCCCACGUGCGGAAACCGGGCGACAUGAGACCCCCGACCGACCCGGACGGGUCGGAGGACAUCCUCCAGUUCCUGCCGGGCGCGCGCAUCGUCGGCGUCGAGUUCCCUGCGAGAUGGGGCGGCAACUGGUGCAUGGGCUGGCACGACGGCGUCCGCGCGGCUUUCCCGUUCAAGCACGUCGAGAUCGACCGGCCCAAGCCGAGCGAGAUCUCGUACAACGCGAACAGCAGCGUCUCCGUCAAGGCGCGGUGGAAGUGGAGCCCCAAGCUCGGCAGCGACGAGCCCCGCUGGUUGCCUCUCGAGAAGGGGGACUCGAUCCGCAACGUCGGUUGGGUUUAUCAAGACCACUGGUGCUGGUCUGGCACCAACAGUAAGGGCAAGACGGGUGUCUUCCCGUCGUCGCACAUCGACCCUGUAUCUGUUCGAGAGGUCGUAAAGCCCGCCACCAGCAAGCCACCGUCGGUCAAGUCGAUGAAGCUGUCGUCGGUGAAGCAGUCGUCCGCCAUUAGGGGGCUGAUGGGCCGGAGAACCAUCCACAGGGCCAACGACCCAUCUCUCACGUGGGAGGGCGUGGCGGCGCAAAUCAAGUUCCCCACGCAGCCCAGGUAAGAGGCUUGUACUUUCUUAACUUUCUAUGGGCCAGAACUCGGCUACCACUCGCAUGAGCUCGUAUGAAGGCUGUACUGUAUGUACCAUCAUCUCUGUAUAGGCGAGGCGUUGGCGUAGGGAGUUUUGGCAACGGUGAUUCUCUUUGAACGGAAGGAAAGGCUGGACGAUAGAUAUCCAAGUUUUGAGACUGAGGCGCAACGGGUCGGUGUCGGCGCAAUGUGGUCGGGUUCGCGCUUUUCUUUUUUUCCUUUGUUGGAGGCCAUGUUUGGUUGCUCAGGGGAGUCUUCCGAAAUCACUUUGUCGUCGAUAGAGCACGGGAGGACUCUGAUAGACGGACACCAGCACUCGGUUCUGCGUGUUCCUUGCUGUAACUUUCCCCUGUUUCGUCAUUCCUCUCGAUUGGUGGCCUUACGGCGGCGGGUAGAAAGCCAGAGCAACUCUUAUU